AUGCAGGUUUCGACUCCGCGUGUGGCUCCCUGCGUUCCAUGCUGGGAAUUCCGGGUCAAGCCGCCAGACAUGUGGAUGCAAUAUCCAGCAGAUGCUGCAGCCAGCCUGGAAGAGGCCUAUCAAGCUGGGCAGCCUACAUGCAAAGUAUGCAUUCACCAGUAUGAAUACAGCAUCUUCUUUCCUGAUAUGGAUCAAACGAACCUGGUGACAGGCAAAAUAAGGCCUAUUCGAAGAACGGAAAGCACAGACGAACAUGCUGCACAUCCUCAGCCGGAAGUUCUGCAAAGCCAUGCGGAGGAAUGUAGUGCGAUGCGCGAUCAGAUCAAAGCUCUGGAAGAGAUGAACGGGCAGCUGAUACAGCAGUUAGACGCGAGUCGCAAGAGCCUGGCGCAAGAACGAAAAUUGCGCAAACACAAUUUGCAGCUGUUGAUUCAGAUGGGGAGGCAAGCAAUUGCCAGACGACCCGAUUGUUCGACCGCGACACCUGCCGUGAGUCAUCGUGAGCUGCGGCCGGAUGGCUGCACGGACGAGGUCAAGAGAAGUGCAAUAUAUGCAGUGUUGAUGCGGUCUAUGGCCUCUCACCGAAAAGAAAUCAAGUCGCUGGAGUGGUGUCCCCCGCCAGAAGUCGUAGUUACGAGGUUCGUCGAAGUCAAGAAUCCAGUCAGGCAGGGAUUGUACGAAGCAGGGCUGCAUGAGGUGCUACAGCGGAAUCCCAACGGAUGUUCUCCCAUACCUGACAUAACGGCUCUCAGUUGUCAUUGUGCUCAGUUUGGAUCUAUGGACUUGAACGAGUUCCUGCUGUUCCAUGGCUGCCCGCUUCAUACCUGCGAGCAGAUAGCCAGUCGAGGUUUUGAUCCCCAGCGGGGGGGCGAAGUUGUCGGCGCGAUGUUUGGCAGGGGGACUUACUUUGCCCAGAACGCAUCGAAGUCUGAUUUCUACACUACCUGUUCGGAGUGUUCAGGUGACGCCGCUCAUGGUGAUUGCUCGCAUCCUCACGGGGAGCGAUGUCUUGUGCUGGCACGCGUGCUUCUCGGACAAAGCUUGCCUGUGACGACGGAAAAACUCAAAGGAAUCACCAGGGCACCAGAGCGUCAGGAUGGUGAGCCGUACGACUCCAUUACUGCCCUGACAAGGGAGCAUGGUGGCAGGGUAGACCACAUGGAGUUCGUGAUUUUCAAAGAACAAAUGGCAUUGCCUCAGUACCUCAUCUACUACCGCCAUGCAGAGGAUUGUUGGUGUCACAACUGUUGGCGCCGAUGGCCAAAGCACUAG